ACACCUCUGAUGACGUAGAAGCUCUGUGAGUGGACCAAUCAUCUUGUCCGGUGGGAGUGGAGGUGAACCAGGCUCGCAGGACUGCAUAUGAACUAAUGUUGCCUGACCAAACAUCGACCACAAACUCAGUCAGCCACUAAUAUCCCCAGGAGGGUAAGGUCAAAUGAUCAUGGCUGCUACCUCCCAGGUGUUCAGGGUCAUCCACGGUAGGAGGUUUGGUCGGAUCCUGGUGCCAGCCAUGACAUUCCAAAACUGCAGCCAGUCUCCUCAUCCAUGCAUCAAUGCAACUCAGCCACACAGCUUUGAACAAAGACGGCAGCACCAGGUGCGUGGGUACAGGACCUCACCUGCAUGGCACACCUACUACUUGACCCCACCUCAGGUUAACAGCAUUCUAAAAGCUAAUGAGUACAGCUUCAAAGUUCCUGAGUUUGAUGGCAAGCACCUCAGUUCGGUCAUGGGCUUUGACAGCAACCAGUUACCAGCAAAUGUACCCAUUGAAGAUCGCCGAAGUGCAGCAACGUGCUUGCAGACCCAUGGCAUGCUUUAUGGCGUAUUUGAUGGCCACGCAGGCUGCGCUUGUGCUCAGGCAGUCAGCGAGCGGCUCUUCUAUUACAUUGCCGUUACAUUACUGCCACACGAGAAGUUGGUGGAGCUGGAGAACGCGGUGGAGAGCGGACGACCUAUUCACCCGAUUUUGCAGUGGCACAAGCAUCCCAAUGACUACUUCAGCAAGGAAGCUUCACGCCUCUACUUCUCCAGUUUGCGCACAUACUGGCAGGAACUUCUGGACCUUAGCGUUCCUGGGGAGCAGCUGAGUGUUGCUGAAGCUCUUGUGAGUGCCUUUAAAAGGUUGGACAAUGACAUAUCCCUUGAAGCGCAGGUUGGUGACCCAAAUGCAUUCUUGCACUAUUGGGUGCUUCGUGUUGCAUUCUCAGGCGCUACUGCAUGCGUUGCACACAUUGAUGGGAAUGAGCUGCAUGUUGCCAACACAGGAGAUAGCCGUGCAGUCCUGGGUGUACAAGAACCUGAUGGCUCUUUUUCUGCCCUCACGCUUUCCAAUGACCACAAUGCACAGAAUGAAUCUGAGGUGAAGCGUCUGCAGUCAGAGCACCCCCUUUCUGAGUCCAAGACUGUGGUGAAGCAGGAUCGCCUGUUGGGGUUACUCAUGCCGUUUCGUGCCUUUGGAGACGUCAAAUUCAAGUGGAGCAUCGAGCUGCAGCGGUGUGUCCUUGAGUCUGGACCAGACCAGCUCCAUGAGAAUGAGCAUGCUAAGUUCAUCCCACCCAACUACCACACACCACCCUACCUUACAGCAGAGCCAGAGGUGACGCGACACCGUCUUCGUCCACAGGAUCGUUUCCUGGUGCUGGGCUCGGAUGGACUGUGGGAAACACUACACAGGCAGGAGGUGGUGAGGAUUGUGGGUGAACAUCUCACCGGAGUGCACCAGCAGCAACCGGUCAGUGUUGGCGGCUAUAAGGUGACCUUGGGUCAGAUGCAGGGAUUGUUGAAGGAGAGGAAGGCUCGCAUCUCCUCCACCGAGGAUCAGAAUGCGGCUACGCAUCUGAUUCGGCACGCAGUGGGGAAUAAUGAGUUUGGAAUGGUGGACCAUGAGAGGUUGUCGAAGACGUUAAGCUUGCCAGAGGAAUUAGCCCGCAUGUAUAGGGAUGAUAUCACAAUCAUUAUAGUGCAGUUUAACCCACACGUCAUUGGUGGACAGUAGAAGUGGACACACGACUCCUUCCACAAGCUCUGUUACAUACAUCAUCAUUUCUAAUCUUCCAGACAAUCUCAAACUGCAUUAUAAGUAAUAUUAGCACAGCAAAAUGUUACCUACACCAGUGGAAUGUAUUACUAUAAGUGUAUUUUUAUGUAAAAUUUUAUUUAGACAUAUUCAUGGCAGCUGCCUUUUGAAAGGAAUAUUAAUAUUCAGUAGGUGAGCAGUGUUGAUUUCUAGUGAUAUAUGCGGAACGAAGCCAAACGGGAAAAAUAUUAUGCUGAGCUCACCGCUGGCCUACUAUCACAAUUAAACCCUCAAAAUGCAACACACAACCAUAAAUAAAGAUGGGAAAUUUACCAAUGUAGGAUCAGCAGAUUUUAAACUUCGGAGAGACUUUAUAUAGUGCUUGUAUUGUGCCAAAAUUAGCUUUUACGUUGUAUGCUUUUCAUUUUUGAAUGAAUGAAAAAGGAAACUGAAAGAGGUCAUUUAAAAAGGUGAGUGAGGAAGAAUGAGAAUAGGAAGCAAAAUCGCUUCAGAUAUGUACUUUUAAGUUGCUCUGUAACUGAGAUAUGUUGAAUGAAAAGUUACCUUAAAGGAAUAAUUUUUAAAAUUGAAAUUCUGUCAUUUACUCACCCUCAUGUAAUUCCAAACCUGUAUGCUUUACUGUGUUCAGAAGCAAGAUAUUUUUAAAUAUGUCUCAGUGAGGGGUCCAGUCUUAUUUUGGACCUCACUGGCUUUCAUUAUAUGGACAAAAACAGUUGCUCGUAAUGACUUUUUGUGUCCUACAGGUUUAGAAUGACAUAAGGGUAAGUAAAUGAUAACAGACUUUUCACUUUUUAAUUCUGCCUUUAAUUAUUUAUUUAGGUUCUAAUGAACCAAAUUAGUUUCUAAUGUCCGUAGCCAGCACCAUGAAAGCAGCAGUGAAGUGUGUAGUUGCAAAAUAUGUUAUUUUAAUACCAUUUGUAUUAUAUCUUUAUUUGACUGAUAAGUUGUUCUUUUUGUACAGCAUGCCUUUGGUUUGCUUAAACAAAUGAUCAUCUAGUUACUGUAAAAGUCCUGAUAAAUUGGUCUGCUUUGUUUUGCCUGUACAUGGAGUCAGAAGUUGGGCAUUUGAAGGUUUAAAAACAAUUUUUUUUGAUGGUUACUUUCAUAUCAUUCUUUCUUUUCUCAUAUAUAUCCCUUCUGACAGUGACACAACAAACCUGAAAUGCUAACACUUCUUAUAAGAUGCAAACACACCUGUAUGAUUACACUACAGAGGAGAAUUGUGGAGCUGAAAAAAUUUGCUUUGUAAAUUGUGUUUCCAAAGUAAUUCAUUUGGUUUCCAAGUAUUUUUUCAAGUGAUUACCGGCCACAGAGUGGAGAUUACUUGAGUUCAAUGUCUUUUCCUGAGGGUUAUUGGACAAGGUUAAAACCAUAACUCUCUGAUUGUACUUUGUUGCCUGUUUUCAGUAUGUUCUCAUCUCUUGCACAAGAACACAGCUGAUUACCACAUGAAAUGUUUUGAAUGAUAGUCAAUCAGCAAACAGUGUUAAAAGUAAUACUGUAAUCAAGUUAUUAUAGGCUUGCUGAAAUGUGAAUACAGACUGCUUUAUAUUGGGAAAGCAAUUGCCUAAAGGUGGGGUAAGUGAUUUCUGGUAGCCAAUGUUGAUAUUUCAAAUCACCAAAACAAACACGCCCCUACCCCAAAAGGGUCUUGCCCCUAUUUUAAUAGCUCCGCCCCACACAUAGACCGAGGUUAUGAUGUCAUCAACUAGUAAAGUGUGUUUUGGUAGUACUGUGUGUUUUAAAAGCAUAUAUUCUGUGGAACAAAGCAAAACCAAUGUUACCUAUCGAGAAGAAACAAAGCAACUUCAGCGUCCAAUGGCAGGCCUUCGCACUCCUUGAGUUCUCUCUGGUACUGGAAACUGAUGCGAUAUUUACGUGGAUCCUACUUCUUGCCUUAUGUUGUACUUCAGAUGGUUGUCUCUUGGUUAUAUAUAUAUAUAUAUAUAUAUAUAUAUAUAUAUAUUUUUUUUUUUUUUAAUCUACCAUCUCUAUCUUUCGUUGUCGCUCUGCUCAGCUAAUGUCUGUUCUGUGCACUGAGCGCUUUCUCCUUUGCAUCAUGGGUAGACACACCCAUUACUGCUGAUUGGCUACAAGUUUGUUUUGAUACUCGGCCCUACUCCGUUUUCUAAAGCAUUUUUUAAAAAAUUCAUACCCCACCUUUAAUACUUGAAGGAAAUGUAUGCUGCAGGAUGUUAAAUUUGAAAUGAGUAUAUUUAAAAAUGUUCUGCAGCAUGUCACAAAUGUAUUUAACAAUAAAAAGUUAAUGUUGUUUUAAUAAAAAUGUAACUAAGUAAA